CUGCUCUCGCCAACAUGAGCUCCGCUACAGCGUUUCCCCGCAUCAAAGAGAUCCGCACUUUCGUCAUCGAUGGAGUGGGAUCGGGAGGUGAUUACCACAAUGUCAAAGGAGGCCACUGGCUGGUUGACAGCAACAUCUCGACCCCGAUGACUCGGUGGGCACAAUACCGCGGCUCUCGCACAUCGUGGGGUAUCAACGUCUUGGGCUCCUUCUUUGUCGAAAUUGAGGCCACGGAUGGAACCAAGGGGUUUGCCACGGGCUUCGGGGGACCUCCGGCUUGCUGGCUGGUCCAGCAACACUUUGAGCGUUUCCUGCUCGGCGCAGACCCACGAGACGUCAACGAGCUGUUUGAAAAGAUGUACCGGGGCUCCAUGUUCUACGGUAGAAAGGGUCUGCCCGUUGCCGUCAUCUCAGUGAUCGACUUGGCUCUGUGGGAUCUGCUGGGCAAGAUCCGCAAGGAACCUGUCUACAAACUCAUUGGCGGCGCCACCCGCUCACGGCUGGACUUUUACUGCACCGGUCCGCAACCCGCCGCGGCCAAGGCAAUGGGCUUCUCCGGAGCCAAGGUGGCUCUCCCUCACGGACCGGACGAGGGAACAGAAGGGCUACUGAAGAACGUCCAGUACCUCCGCAAGCAGCGAGCAUCCAUCGGCCCAGACUUCCCGCUGCGCGUCGACUGCUACAUGUCCCUGAACGUGCCAUACACGAUCGAGCUCGUGAAGCGCUGUGAAGCGGAGGGCAUCAACAUCGACUGGUGGGAGGAGUGUCUGACCCCCGACGACUUCGACGGCCAAGCCCUUCUGAAGCGAGCCCAUCCCACGGUGAAGUUCACCACCGGCGAGCACGAGUACUCGCGCUAUGGAUUCCGGAAACUCAUCGAGGGCCGCAAUCUGGACAUCAUCCAGCCUGAUGUAAUGUGGGUGGGUGGCUUGACAGAGCUGCUUAAGAUCUCGGCGCAUGCCAGCGCCUACGAUCUCCCCGUUGUCCCCCACGCGUCCGGACCCUACUCGUACCACUUCGUGGUCUCGCAGCCCAACACCCCAUUCCAGGAGUAUCUGGCCAACUCUCCGGACGGAAGCACCGUCGAGCCUGUCUUUGGAAACCUGUUCCUCAACGAACCCAUUCCUACCCAGGGAUACCUCGACAUCUCGAUCCUAGACAAGCCGGGGUUCGGUCUUGAGCUCAAUCCUGCUGCUCCCCUUAUUUCCGCGGCUUCCAUCCUCACGCCGGCCCCUCAAAGGGCCCUAGUAGCUCCGACUGAGCCAGAAACGAACGGUACAGCUUGAAUUUCAGAAACAUAGUUGGGGGGGGGUAUUGAGAAUUUUUAGUUUAAAGCAU